CCGUGAUCGACAGUACGCGGGUCAAGUACGGUGCAGUACGGUACCGCAGCACUUUCGUGCGCGACGUGCGUGACGAUUGUGCCUUUGUGGCGUGUGUGUACGCGGGCGAGGGAGGGAGAGACUCAUAUUUUUUUCCUCACGCGAUAACCGAUAACGCGGGAACGGGAGGAGAAAGACCAAGGUCCGACGAAACGCAAGUGACACGAGUGUGACGACCAGUGACGACGAUGUCCGACGGCCGCGGUCGUGCGACCGCCGCCGCGAUAUGAAGCGGGUGAUGCCUGACACGGCGACGACGCGCGGCCGCCCCUUAUCUGAAAUGUGUCGCUCUUAUCGCGGUAGGCGCAAGCACCAAUAGUCCGGCGCGCGGAUAAAAAAAAAACGCUCCUCCUCGCCGCCAACUAAACGCAUAACUAACCGAACACGCACAACGCUUGUAUCACGCUACAAAUUGCCACGCUACUAUUCCGUCUCCUCCCCUCCCUCCCCCAGUAACCCGGUGAAGCCCACCCUCUUUUCGCGUAACGCCUAUUCGACUUUAGACCUCGCGUCCCAGAGGAGAGCCAUUCUCUCAAAAGCUUUCGAUGUUUGACAGCUCCGGCCACGAAUGCGUGGACGCUAACGCCGCGUGAUUUGUUAUGCACUACGAGACGGAGACGGCGCAGAGGCACUCGGCGUCAAGCAUGAACAAAUCUGUGGAGAAUCUCUUGAUAUCUAGCCACGAAGUGAUCAGCAGCAUCAAUUCUUCCGGUCUGAGCAAUCAGGGCUCGACAAAUUUAGGAAACGAGAAUGCACAGGAGACGUCCGCCAACACCGGCGUCGAUCGUAACAGCCCCGUGUCCAGUCCCAAUCUGUCCCCGCGUCCCAGCCCGAGAGCCCACUCCAGGCGAGAGUAUUCCAGAUUGAACUCCGAUUCUGCCAUUAAGGAGUCGUUCCGCGCAAACAAGUCAGACGAUCAGCAGGAUAUAAUAAGUAGAUCGUCCGACUCGGCCGAUCUCAACAAGAGUUCGACUCAUGAGAGUAAAAAAGAGGCACGUAGCAGCGAUCGGAGCAAAAAGAAGUCUUCUUGGUACAAUGUACUUUAUCCAACUUAUAAAUCUCGCUCCGAGGACUUUAGGCGAAUAUUUAAAGAUGUGCCUGACGAUGAGAGAUUGGUGGUAGAUUAUUCUUGUGCCCUGCAGCGUGAGAUAUUGGUACACGGUAGACUUUAUGUGUCUCAGAAUUAUGUGUGUUUUUAUGCUAAUAUCUUUAUGUGGGAGACACUGGUCUCCCUACGUUGGAAAGACGUUACAUCUAUUACCAAAGAGAAAACUGCGCUUGUCAUUCCAAAUGCCAUCCUGAUAUGCACCGUGACUGACAAGUUCUUCCUAACGUCGUUUGGAGCGAGAGAUAAAACAUAUGUGAUGUUAUUUCGUGUUUGGCAAAAUGCUCUUAUUGGCGAGCCAAUGAGUAUGGCUGAAAUGUGGCAGCUUGUGCAUACCUGCUACGGUGAUGAAUUAGGCUUGACGUCUGAUGACGAAGAUUAUGUGCCGCCGUUACCUGUGGGAGACGACGACAAGUUAGCAACUCGCCUUUCUGUAGAAUCCUUCUCCGAGAACGAAGCAGUCGCUAUGGAAAAUACAUCAUCUCCAACCGCGGAUCCUGUUCCCGCUGAGCCUUCUUCAAUUACUGAACCCCAGGUUCAGCCACCAGCUCCGUCAAUACCUAAGCCCGAACCUGUUCUCGAUCCAACGGAUUUAAGUGACACAACGGAAAGCGAGGCUGAGAAACAUGCCUUGAAAAUGAACAUACGGAGCACCAUGGUCUGUACCUCUCUGCAUGAAGGUCGGCAAGUUAACAAAGCAACAUUGCCUAUCUACAUCGACCAGCUGUUCACUCUGCUCUUCACGAAUUCGAAAUUCUUCUUAGAUUUUCAUACCUCUCGCAAAACUAUUGAUUUAAUACAAUCUGCCUGGACGCAAAACAGUCAAACUGGACAAAAGAUGAGAACUCUUUCGUACACGAUGUGUUUAACCCAAGCUAUUGGUCCGAGAACUUGCCAAGUUACAGAGACCCAGGUGAUGUUGCCAUGUAGUAGACCAGGUCAUCUUUAUUGCAUCGAUGUAGACAGCGCUAAUGCCGGAAUACCUUAUGCCGAUUCCUUCAGUGUUUCCACGCACUAUUGUAUGAACAGUAUUUCCGAUAACGAGACAAGUCUUGUGAUUUAUUCACAAAUCAAAUAUAAAAAGAGUGUAUGGGGUUUUGUGAAAAGUGUGAUUGAAAAGAAUUGCUGGGCGGGCUUGGAAGAAUAUACCAAUAGUUUGAUAAAAGCGUUGACGGUGGAGUCCGAGGAAGGUAAUGGAAACGGAGGUAUAAAGAGAAAAACGAGAAAACGACGACGCGCGGCGGGAGUAGGUGCUACAUUGCAGACACACGCGUCCGAGCAUAUAUCUGCGAAUCAUCAAAUUUCUCCCUCUAACUCGCCGCACAUUCACACUGCUAAUACUAGGAGCGAUACUAACAUAAUUCUCAGCUCAAUGCUGCUAGUCGCUGUACUAUGUUUAAUGGUGAUUAAUGGUUUGCUAUAUUAUAAACUAUGGGGAUUGGAAGAAGCUGCUGCGUACACCAUCAUGGACUUACACGUACUCAAAAAUACGCCAAAGACUGAAGAGGAUUGGAUUAACCUUUUGCAACAGCAGGAGAGCUUGCACAACGUAGAGAUGAGAAAAUGGCAAAGGGUUUUGCACACAGCUGCACAAUUGCUUAGACAAACAGAAGAAUCUUUAACGGAGCUACAAAUGAGCAUUCAUCCCACUGCAACGGAAAAGAUGUUCUCCGUAUUAAAGCCGAACUUAAAGAGUCUUAAUGCACAUACAGAACGGCGAGGCAAGUCGGAAAUGUAAAAAUCUAUAUACGUUAAGUAAUUGUACGAACGUAUUUGUGUAUAAAAUAUUAAUUCGAAAUUUAUCGGUAAAAUCUUUUUGCGCGAUAGCAUUUAGGAACCAUUAUUAUGUAUAUGUAUUCUUCCUAAUAUUAUUUUGGAGUUCGCGAUUAUUGCUCUCCAUAUACUAUGUGUACAAAAUGAAUUAAUUAUAGGGCAUUAUGUUAAAGUUAACAUGAACAUUUAACUUGAAUUGUAUAGUUAUACUAAAUGUGUAAACGCGCUUCUAUUUAGGCACUGUGAAAUAAUGUUAUGGAAAAUAAUAGAUAAUUUUUAGAACAA